GUGCGCCACUGACCACAGACAGCAUCCAGUCAAAGGUUUGGAAUCGUGUGUGAUUCUACAGAUCCUUACAACACUGUUUUUCAAGCGUUGCUCCCUUGGCGAGUCCCAACACACUUCACAAUGAAAGUAUUCUUCUGCCUAGCCGCUCUUCUGGUGGCUUCCGCCUGUGCCACCAGUGAGGUGCCAGUGGAAAAGCAGCUGGGAAAACGUGGCCUGCUCGAGCUGGGCGUAGGCUAUGGUCAUGCCGGUCUGGACGUUGGCCAUAUCGGUCAAGGUUCCCUUGUCGGUCAAGUCGCUAGCUAUGGAAACUCUGGCCCUGGCCGUUAUGCCUCCAUCGGACCAGCCAUUGUUCAACCUCAUGUCGUGCCCGCUCCCUAUGUGAUCAGCAGACAGGCUGAGGUACAGAAGACCAUCGUUGUGACCAAGGGUGUGCCCGUGCCCGUGCAUGUUGAUCGUCCCUACCCCGUUGUGCAUGAGAAGCGUGUGCCCGUUGAGGUUAAGGUACCCGUGCCACAGCCCUACGAGGUGAUUAGGAAGGUUGCCGUCCCAGUCAAGGAGUACGUGAAGGUGCCCGUCCCAGUGCCACAGCCCUACGAAGUUGUCCGUCACGAGAAGGUGCCCAUCCAUGUGCCCGUCGAUCGUCCAGUGCCCGUUGAGGUGCCCAAGCCCUACCCCGUGCCCGUCGAGAAGCCAUACCCCGUCUACGUCCAGAAGAUCCAGAAGGUGCCCGUCCAUGUGCCCGUCGAUCGUCCCUACCCAGUCUACGUCAAGGUUCCCCAUGUUUCCCACUCCGUGGUGAAGCACGCACCCACCUAUGCCGUCAGCAAAUUCCCCAUCACCGGUUAUGGCCCAGGCAGCGGUAUCGGUGUGGAUGCCAGCGUCUAUGCCGAUCAUUCCGGCUACCACAAGUAGAGCGGUUGCGGAAUCUAUUCGGGGCUAGGCCAAGGACUUACCACAAAAACAUGAGCCGAAUUAAAUUUAGCAAUAUUUUUUUAAUUCUGUCCAACAAAAAUUAAGAAAAAAAAACAUGAAAAACAAAAUAACACUCACACACGGUCUCUGCGCUCCCCUAAAUAAUUUCCAAGAGGUUCUAGUAGAACUUCCACCCUGCCACUCUAUUAGAUCUUAAGUAAAAAAAACACACUCCACGACCCCAAGGAAGAACAACAAAAGCCUUUUGUAAAUUAUUUCCCAA